UGCAGAGUACUAGAGACUGUACACGGAGAUGUCACACGCAUCCUACCAUCACUAGCAUAAUUUACCAAAAGAGAGCUCGAGGGGACAGCUAGCCAACAGAGCAGGAGGAAACCCACUUUUCCUUGAAAUAUUUUGGUGGUUAAUUGUUUCGAUUCUUAUCGGGUGCUCAACAGUGGAUAAGCGGUCAUGUCAAAGAACAUUGAAUUAUUUAUAGGCACGCGCGUCUUGUUGUGUGACAGUAUUGCCCCAAACCCAUUUUGUUAGAUGUGCGUCUUCAGCAGUGACUGGCACACAUAGCUUUUUCGGCCAAUGCUUCACUUUGACGACCACGGAUGCUUGCUGAUAGGCUAUGGUGCUCGCAGUAUAACCAAUCUUCAGAGGUGGCUUGAUCGUUUUUGCCAUUUGGUUGGCUUAAUUUAAGCCGAUGUGUGUUGGGUGUAAGGAAGAGGAUCCAAAGGACUGAUUUUCGAGGCGUCAAAGGCUUUGGCACUACCUCGCCCGGGAGGACGCAUCCUGGCUAACGGUCGCCAUCCCGAAUUACAUCCUGGCUAACGGUCUCCAUCCUGUACUUGGAUCCUAUAAACCUCCAUGCUGACCACAUCAAAGGAGCGAAGAAGAGUCAGAGUGUGAGUGAGACGAGCACAACCUCAGGAGGCUGAACAGACCACGGUUGCAGAGUGGGUGCAAAUCCAAAGACGAUGGUCCACUGUGCCGGGUGCGAGAGGCCUAUACUGGACAGGUUUCUCCUCAAUGUUCUGGACAGAGCGUGGCACGUCAAGUGCGUACAGUGCUGCGAGUGUAAAUGCAAUUUAACAGAGAAAUGCUUUUCUCGAGAGGGGAAACUAUACUGCAAAAACGACUUCUUUAGGAGGUUCGGGACAAAGUGCGCGGGCUGUUCUCAGGGCAUCUCGCCGAACGACUUGGUCCGGAGGGCAAGGAGCAAAGUGUUUCAUCUCAACUGCUUCACCUGCAUGAUGUGUAACAAACAGCUGUCCACGGGAGAGGAGCUCUACAUCAUAGACGAAAACAAAUUUGUCUGCAAAGAAGAUUAUCUAACCCAUAGCAAUGGGAAAGACACAAACCUUCUCUCAGUAACAGCAUGUAGCGAUCCAAGUUUAUCACCAGACUCUCAAGACCAGUUACAGGACGAUGUAAAGGACACUGAAAUAGCCAAUUUGUCGGACAAAGAAACGGGUAGUAAUGAGAACGAUGGCGAAAACCUUGGCGGUAAACGACGUGGACCGCGAACCACCAUCAAGGCAAAGCAACUGGAGACCCUGAAAGCGGCCUUCGCUGCCACCCCCAAACCCACAAGACACAUCAGGGAGCAGCUCGCGCAGGAGACGGGGCUGAACAUGAGAGUCAUUCAGGUAUGGUUUCAGAACCGUCGGUCUAAAGAGCGACGCAUGAAGCAAUUGAGCGCCCUGGGCGCGAGACGGCACGCGUUCUUCCGGAGCCCGAGGAGAAUGAGAACGCUAGUGGACCGGCUGGAACCCGGGGAAUUAAUUCCAAACGGUCCUUUCUCUUACUACGGAGAUUAUCAGAGCGAGUACUACGGUCCAGGAGGGAACUACGACUUCUUUCCUCAGGGGCCUCCAUCGUCGCAGGCACAGACCCCCAUAGACCUCCCCUUCGUGCCCUCCUCAGGCCCCACAGGCACCCCUCUAGGUGGUAUGGACCAUCCCCUGCCCGGGCACCACCCCUCCAGUGAGGUGCAGCGCUAUUCUGACAUCAUGUCCCACCACCCUGGGGACUCACCCAGCCCGGAGCCAGGCAUCCCGGGGCCCAUGCACAGCAUCUCCUCUGAGGUGUACGGCCCCAGCCCGCCCUUUACCUCACUAUCCCUCAAUGGCAGCGGAUACGGCAACCACCUGUCCCAUGCACCCUCGGAAAUGAAUGAGGGCACCGUCUGGUAGCUCUAAAGAACGGACUGUACCAUCAAAAGAUUCAAUAUGGGAGGACAGGAGAGUGGGCAUGGGUAAGGGCAGGGGUAGGGACACCAGUCAAAUCAUUUUUUGUCAAUCAUAUUUAAUUCUUUCAUUUCCGCAUAUGAUAUUUUUUGCAGGGAAAAAAAAUAUGGCGAAAAACAAAAUGUGGACAAUGUGGUUGUAAACAUUUACCUUGGUAUUGUGUUGAUGUUUCGAUUGCUUCUUUCUCUAAACCCGAAUAAAAAGAUUGUCACACAUAAAA